GUAACGGGUUACUUAAAAUAUUUACUAGGCAUUAUUAUAAUUAUCGUUACUGUUGUUAAAACUGCUCUGAUUUAUGCACAGAUUGAGAAAAGGCCAUUUUUAAAAGCUAAAUGGGAACCAAUGUUUUAUCGUCAUUCAGUUGCGUCUGACAUUAUUCAGUGAAACACUGAACUGUAGUAUGUUUUAGAAGAUGGUAAGAUUGCUCUUUAAUUCCCUAUGAAUGCUGACCUUUGCGAGAACACAUUUUUUUACCUUUUUAGUUUGGGUUAUAUACUGUAUUGUAUAGAGUACAUUAGUUUAACGUUUUAUCUGUUUUAUGUUAGUAUUUGUGGUGGACUACUCUGGCCAAAUAACAGUUAGAAAAACAUUUGCUAUUCUGUAUUAGUCUUUGAGCAGUAUGAAAUAAUUAUUUGCAUUCUAAAUAGGCUGUCACACUGCACACAGACCUUGGUGAUAUCAAAAUAGAGUUGUUUUGGGAGAAGGCCCCGAAAAGCUGUGAAGACACCUGUUUCCAACACACAGACACCUAUCUUGAAUAGGGCUUUAUGGUCCAGACUGGAGACCCAGCAGGUACAGGCAAAGGAGGGACCAGUAUUUGGGGAAGAAAGUUUGAAGAUGAAUUCAGUGACCAUCUGAAAGUCGGCUCUUUAAAGGGCAAAGUGGCGCUGAUCACCGGCGCGAGUUCAGGGAUAGGAGCGGGCGCAGCGGUGCUGUUCUCCAGGCUGGGCGCACAGCUGGCGCUUAAUGGACGCGAUGUGGACAACCUCACCAAAGUCGCCGAAGAGUGCGAAGCUUGUGGGGCAGUUAAACCCUUAUUAGUGCCAGGAGACUUAACAGAUGAGGACACUGUGAAGAGGACAGUGGAAGAGGUCAUCGCUCACUUUGGGAAGCUGGAUGUCCUCAUCAACAGUGCAGGAAUCCUCGCCAUGGGCAGUAUAGAGACAACAGACAUGGCCCAGUAUGACAAGGUCAUGUCUGUCAAUGUCAGAUCAGUAUAUCAUCUCACUCAUCUCUGUGUGCCUCAUCUCAUCAACACGAAAGGCUCAAUUGUGAAUGUGUCCAGUGUGAAUGGGCAACGAUCAUUUCCUGGUGUACUUGCCUACUGCAUGUCCAAAUCAGCCAUCGACCAGUUCACACGCUGUGUUGCUCUUGAGUUGGCAUCAAAGCAAGUACGUGUCAACUCAGUUUGCCCAGGAGUCAUUAUAACAGAGGUUCACAAGCGUGCAGGACUUGAUGAGGACCAGUAUGCUCAGUUCCUUGAGAAGUGCAAGGUGACUCAUGCUCUUGGCAGACCAGGUGAAGUAGAGGAAGUAGCUCAUGCUAUCGCCUUCCUGGCAUCUGAUGCAGCAACAUUUAUAACAGGUGUCAAUCUUCCAGUGGACGGAGGUCGACAUGCUAUGUGUCCACGGUAAUGCUUUGCCGCCAUGAUACAGCUCUGUCAUAGUUGUGUGUCAUAAAAGCAAAGAAAUAAACAAAGUUG